CCUUUCUUUCUCGUUAAACCAAAAAAAAAAAAAAAAACCGACAAAAACUAACUGAAUUUUUUUUUUUUUUUAAGAGAGAAUUGAAAAACUAUUUUCCCGUAGGAAUUCAAUUUCCAAUUCUUUGUACAGAUCUUAUUCUGGUUUCUGAUUCUUUCAUUUAGUUUUUAGUUUUUUUUUUUAUUCAAUUCUUUUGGGAUUUGCAUGUUUCCCACGCAAACUGUUUCCGUUGGGAGAAUUUGGCAUCUGAUCGAAUUGUAGAUUGGGAAAACAGAAUUUGAAGCGGAGAUCGUUGUUGAAGAGUGAUUAGGAUCUGGGUAGUGAUGCUUCUUUGUGUUUGAUGAGUUCUUAUUGCCAUGUACUUCUGAAAUAUGGUGUUUAAGAAGAGGCAAGAUCAUGGAUUUAAUGGCUUCCGGCUCCCCACUAUACCUCGGGCUCCCAGAUCUGUUCGAAGGGGCUUGCGUAAGAAGACAGUUGAGGAUACUCAAAACUGUGCAUUUGAAUUACUGGCUUCCAUAGCUGGCGAGUUGUUGCGUGAAAGUGAAAGUUCUGCUUCCAGUAAUGCAUCUGAAGGAAUUGAUCUGCUGGCCUGUGGCAAAGAUGCUGUUAAACAGGAACGAGAAUUUGAGGAUAAACCAUUGAAGGCAGAGUGGUUAUAUCAGAGAAAUUGUGGAGACAGUUCUUUUGCCUUUGAGAUGGCCUCACAAAACAUCAGUCAUAAGAGUACUCUGAAGGAAUUCUCACAUGCUGAAAGUGAUGAUGUUUUGGAACGCACUUCAUUCAUUAAAAGUUUCGAUUGCUCACAGAAAACUGGCGGUGAUGUGAAGUCUGUAAUUUGUAAAAGCAAGACUGAUUCCGAAAACUAUUCUAGUAAAGUAGAGGGAGGCUCCCCUCAAUUUGGGGAGUCUUGUGAUGCUAAUGUAAAUAUUGAAGCUGAAAGACAGCUAGAGGUUGUGGGAUUGAAAAAUGAAGAUGCUAAUAAGCCUAAUAUAUGUAGUUCAAAGGUUCCAACAGAAUUGUUUCUGGAAUCUUCUGCAGCGAUCAAUUCUGACAGUAAUGUCAAAUUGCCAUUGCGCCAGGACUCUGUUCCUAAUGCUUGUUUUCCCAGGCAUAGGAAUGAUAUUAAGUUAGGUAGUAGAGAUGAUGACGAAAAUUUUUCUAGGUGCUUUAAACGUAGUACCAAGUUGAAGGCAUUUAGGCCUCCAACACGAAUUGCAGAUCGAAGAAUAAGGAAGCUGCUGACUUCCAAAUACUGGAAAGUAGCUCCAAAAUUGAAGGAUUGUGAACUUCCUAGAUCUGCAUUUGUAGAUGGGGGAUUAAAACCUCUUUAUCGCAAGAGGAAAACCUGUCAUGACCGUCAAAGCCGUCAAAAAUGCCAACGUGACAUUCUCUUUAAGAGGAGGAAAUUGUUUGACCAAAUUUCAGUAGUGACUUCUGAUGGUGGGUUCAGUAGUGAAAGUGUUUCUAAUUCACCCGAGAAAGGCAUGACUGAAGAUAAGAAUGACUCAGCUGCAAUUUUGCAUGGAGGUCCUUUUCCACCUUCCAAUGGGGUAUCAUCUUCGGUUUUGGGUCAUCAAGCUUCCUUUCACUCCAAGGAUUCUCACGUGAAAUUUAGCAUUAAGUCCUUUAGGGUACCAGAGCUUUUUAUUGAGGUCCCAGAAACUGCCACUGUUGGUUCAUUAAAGAGGACUAUUAUGGAGGCUGUAACUUCUAUACUUGGAAGUGGAUUAGACAUUGGGAUUCUUCUUCAAGGGAAGAAGGUUAGAGAUGACAACAGAACUCUAAUGCAGACAGGAAUUUCUUGUAAAGACAAUCUGGAUUCUCUGGGUUUUAUGUUGGAGCCCAAUACCGUGCAAACACCUCCACCUAUGUGCUCUGGCGAUCUUCCUCCUCUAUUAUCAUGUGACUCUUCUCAACUUUUAACAAGGUCCCCAGAAAAUCCUGUUUUAGAUUCAGGGAUCUCUGAUACCUUACCUGACCCUCCACUGACCAAUUCAAGCAACCAUGUUGAUAGUAAUCAUGAUACAGUUUCCUCCCCUACUGACAUGAAUGACAAAACAACACCGGAUACCAAAGCAAUAGUUGCUGUUCCAGCGAUGAGCAUGGAGGCACUGGCUGUGGUUCCACUGAACCAAAAAACAAGACGUUCUGAACUUGUACAGCGUCGAACCAGGAGACCUUUCUCUGUGUCAGAAGUAGAAGCAUUGGUGCAUGCAGUUGAGGAGCUUGGAACUGGGAGGUGGCGUGAUGUUAAAUUGCGUGCUUUUGAGAAUGCAGACCAUCGAACUUACGUAGACUUGAAGGAUAAAUGGAAAACAUUGGUUCACACAGCAAAGAUUGCCCCCCAACAAAGAAGGGGUGAGCCUGUUCCCCAAGAGCUCUUGGACCGAGUCUUGGCUGCCCAUUCUUAUUGGUCUCAGCAUCAAGCUAAGCCACAGGGAAAGCAUCAGGCUGGAACUCCAAAGAUCAUGGAGGCACCAGCUGAGGUCCCCGUUGAAUAACAUGGAGGUGAAGGUAUCCAAAUUGUGAUGAUGUAAAGAGAUAAAACAAAAAGGUUGACAGGAACAGAAACAAAAAUUGUACAAAUCAAUUCAAUUUCAUGUAAUAUUCUCACUCAAUUCAUUGCUGGCUUUCACACCGUGGAAAUGGUUGGCAUUUGUAAAUGAUGUGAUGUAAUAAGGUCAUCAUUCUAACACAAGUUACAUUGUUUUUCAGUUAAAUCGAUUCAUUGUGUAGAGAACUUAGAGAACAAAAUUGUAAAAUUGUACAAAUCAUAUCAUCUUCUUUGGCUUUUCA